ACUAUUUCCUCUUGUGGAACACAGACAUCUGUCAUAAGAACAGGAAGGAUGUGUUUUUGUCACUUGACUUGCUAGGUAGUUAUCGUUACUUAUUUUAAAAAGACGCUAGCUACCCGGUUUGAUUACUUGAUAUGCGUUAAAAGGCCCAAGGUAUGCUCACCAGGCUUACCACCAUUGGAAAGAAUUCCAGAACAAAAGUACACUAAUGCUCAUGAUAAGUCCCAGAAUGGCUGCAGGGAUGCAAGAGAAACAGUACACACCAUCUUUGCUGAAUUUUUUCAUCUAUAAUCCCAAAUUUGGACCACGUGAAGGAGAGGAGGAGAAGAAAAUCCUCUUCUACCACCCUAGUGAAGUGGAGAAAAAUGAAAAAAUCCGCAAUGUUGGUCUAUGUGAAGCCAUUGUACAGUUUACCAGAACCUUCUGUCCAUCUAAGCCUGCCAAAUCCCUGCAUACACAGAAGAACAGGCAAUUUUUCUUCGAGCCAGAAGAUAACUUCUGGAUAGUCAUGGUGGUACGAAACCCAAUGGUAGAAAAACCUAAUAAGGAAGGGAAACCGCCAACUAUAGAAUAUCAGGAAGAAGAAAUUCUUGACACUGUUUAUGGAGCAGUAUUACAGCAGUGCUAUAGUAUGUACAAGCUCUUCAAUGGGACCUUUGGCAGGGCCAUGGAGGCUGGUGGAGUGGAGCUGCUCACUCAGAAACUUGAAAAGUUCUUCUACAGGUAUCUCCAGACACUGCACCUUCAUUCCUGUGACUUGCUGGAUGUUUUCGCCGGAAUCAGCUUCUUCCCCUUGGACAAGAUGACUUACCUGAAGAUCCAGUCCUUCGUCAACAGAGUGGAGGAGAGUCUCCGGCUGAUCAAGUACACGGCGUUCCUCUACAACGAUCAGCUCAUCUGGAGUGGGUUGGAACAGGAGGACAUGCGGAUUCUGUACAAGUACCUGACCACAUCCUUGUUUCCCAGGCAUUCUGAACCAGAGCUUGCAGGCAGAGAUUCUCCGCUGAGGCCAGAGGUAGCUGGGAAUCUCUUACACUAUGGGAGAUUUCUAACAGGACCCUCGAACCUCAAAGAUCCUGAAGCAAAAUUCAGAUUCCCAAGAAUAUUUGUGAACACAGGGGACAGCUAUGAAGAACUUCACUUGAUUGUUUAUAAGGCGAUGAGUGCAGCGGUUUGUUUCAUGAUCAGUGCCUCGGUGGAGCUGAGCCGGGAGUUCUGCGAACAGCUGGACAGCCUGGUGGGCCCUCAGCUCACCCUGCUGGCCUCCGACAUAUGUGAGCAGUACAACAUCAAUCGCCGAAUAUCAGGGCCGGAGAAAGAGCCCCAGUUUAAGUUCAUCUACUUCAACCACAUGAACCUGGCGGAGAAGAGCACCAUCCACAUGCGCAAGACGGCCAGCGUCUCCCUGACCUCCGUGCACCCCGACCUCAUGAAGAUCCUGGGGGACAUCAACUGCGACUUCGCCCGGGUUGAUGAAGAUGAGGAAAUCAUUGUGAAGGCAAUGACGGAUUACUGGGUUGUUGGAAAAAAGUCUGACCAGCGGGAACUGUAUGUCAUUUUGAAUCAGAAGAACGCCAACUUGAUCGAAGUGAACGAAGAAGUGAAGAGACUCUGUGCAACACAAUUCAAUAAUAUUUUCUUCUUGGAUUAAAAGUGGACACUGGAAUUGAAGGCGAUGACUUGAAAGAGCUAUGAACUGUUUCUACAACACUAUUUAAGAACUGGCGACUAUGCUGAUGGCAAGAACAGCAUAAUUUGUAAUGCAAUAAUUGCAUUGUAAAAAAUCACGUCAUGCAAUUUUUUAGAUUUUUAUUAACCAAUAAAUUGUAUUUCAUCCUUGUAAUUAACUGUAAUAUCAGAAUUUUACUGUAAAUUAAACUUCACUUUUAUUUUCAAUUGUAUAUAAAUGUCUCAAGUUACAACUCUCAAAAUGUUUUGUUUUUUGGUUGCUUUCUUUUUCUUUAAUUUAAGACCACAGUGAUGUUUGGAGCAUUUUCAUGGACAUGCACACACAUUGUACUUCUUUGUUUUUGUCUUGAACUGUUCGAUUUCUUUGGAAUGCCAUCAUGUCUACAGUGUUUGGUUUGUAAACAACCCAGACUUCAAUAAACUGCGGUAUUAUCAUUUUC